GGCACUUGCGUGGGUUGACGAACCUGGCAGACGGGAGCACAGAUAAAAAGGGAGAAGAAGGGAGAAUAUAAGAUUUGUUUAACAAAAAAAAAAAAAACAAACUAUCGUAGUACAAAACGAGCUUAACUAUUCAAAUACAGCUGUAAACGAAGCAUUUCCACAGCGCAAAUUGUAAUAUUGUAAUGAAAAUAAUAAUGCGAUGCGAAAACUGCUCAACGCUAUUCCGACCUCAACUAUUACGCAGUCAAUUGCAAGUAAAAUACCAACCCACCCAUCAACCGUGCGUUACGACCGAGCGCGGCAAAAAACAACAAAACCCAGGCCCAGGCAAGGCCCAUCAUCACCACUACCACUACGCCACUAUAGCAACAGGUUCCCAUCAUUAUUAAAUCGAUAAUAUCAAAACAACGGCGAACCGAUGCGGGGUGGCCUGUGGACGCUCGCCAAGACGCGCAGCACAGUAAGCUAGAAGUAAGAUGGUCGCACGUUAAACGGUGCUCGCUGGGCUCUGGAAAACAACGGCCUCGAUGGUCAGAGUCCGAGUGGUAGUGUGUCAUAAUAGGUUUUCCCAAAUUCGCACGCAAAGAUCCUGGCGCUCGCGGGAGUUAAAGUGAACCAAAGUCAGCUCGGUGUCGGAGUCGCUGCGGAUGCAAACGAGCAGCUUGAAAAGAUUCGGAAUUCAUUAGGCGGUUCUAAAGCGUGGAAAAGUAAACAGUUACCGAGCCUUUUUCUAGCUGCCCGGGCCGCUGCUGCUCCGCAUUUUCUUCAAGAACUUGCCGCCCAGUGUUUGUGUGUGUGUGUGUGUGUGUGUGUGUGUGUGUGUGUGGCAGUAGUGACCCAAGCACAAAACGGAAAGCAUAUAAUCUGUUAUGAAUUUUUGAUUUCUUCUCCAACUUUGCUGGGGAAUAUAACGACCUCCUCCACGGGUGACAGGUGCCACCGACGGUGGAUAGAGGUGACGGUUGUGAGAGGUCGAAACAAUAGAAUACAAUUAGUGGGAGAGAGAGAGAGAGCACCGGGAAAGGGUGCUGAAGUGUAACGGAAGUAGAAGGACGGGCGAGCGCUAGCUCGAAUUAAAUAAACGACCAGGCCCGGAAGUGGUGAAGCGGCCAAAAUGGAUGACAUUUUCGGCAAGAAGAAGGAGGUCGUCCCCAUCCUGGACCUGUCGAAAUCGAGCGCAACGACGCGGGAAGAAUUUAAGCGUAUGAUCGAAAAGGUUCCGGACUACAAGAUGCGCCCGAUCAAGGUGAGGUCGGAUGAGAUCCGGUUCAAGGAGAAGGAGUAUGGGUUUAAAAUGCAGAAAAAGGAGCUCCGGAUGCUGAUGAAAAAUAGUGGCGAGCGGGAUAAGCUGUACGCGUACAUGGACCCGAUCCCGUGCGAGAUGCGCAAUCUGGUCAUUUUGGAGCUGUGCAGCGUACCGAUCGAUUGGAAGAUGCUGACGAGCCAGCGGCCCAAGACAAAGGUAGAGGAGGAUUACUUUAGCAAACUGGUGGAGCUAGGCAAAUUGCAGAUCAAAACAAUCCAACGAGACAAGCGCGAAAAUCUGCUCGCCACCUCGGUGCGCAAGGUGAAGAACCGCUCCGGCAUCAUCGAGUCGCGCGUCUUCACCUGCAACGAAUGUAUGGAAGAGUUUUGCAAUGGGAAAACUUGCGCCGACUUCAACUACGACCUGUACACGCGUGUCGUGCCGAAAGUGCCGCUGCUGAAAACCAACUCUCAGCAACAAUUGUCACUCAACGGCGGUGGAACGGGCGGUGGUGGCGCGGGUAGGAUGCUGGGUGACCUGAACCAGAAAAGCAUCGACAGUGGUAGCGGAACGGCCGGUGCUGGAGGUGGUGGUGGGGGGAAGAAGGGCCGCAAGGGUGGCCGUAAGAAGGGCUCCAAAGCGAAGGCAAAAUCGGUGGAGGCGGUCGAUGAGGAGGGCAAUCAAAGUACCGGCGGUAAUGCGGCGGGCGGUCAUGGAGGGGGCAAGAAAAAAGGCAAACGGUCGUCACGUAGCAAAACGCCACCGAAGUCAAAAUCGAUGGAAAAGUAAUCAAAGAGCCAUCCCCCUAUCGAGACUCUCGGGCUCGAUUGGGACCCCGAACGGUCGAUUGGUGGUCCCGGUGUACCACUUUCCGCCAUCGGAUAGAGUUCGUAUGAUUACUUAUGGAUGCAUAAGUGUGUGUGUGUGUGCUUUUUUAUGUUUUACACGUGCCGCUGGUAAUUCACGUAUCCUGGCCAAUUAUCUCGGAUAUUUACCGUGGACGUGCAAGGUGGAAAGUUGCAUAGCGCUUCGAACAAUCAGUUGAUAGGAGUAGUAAAAAAUGAAUUAUAGUUAAAGCAAAACUGCACUACGCCAAAGCAACAUGCUUCUGCUGGUCAACUGUUUAAUUUUAGCCAAACAAUAAAAAAUAAAUAAAAGUAUUGAACUGAAAGCA